GCUGGAUGUCUGGUUUGCUCUAUAUAUACCCAUCUGUACUAAAUGAUCAUAGCUCAAACCAGACUUAUAUCGAUUGAUAAUCGAUAAGUUGUUAAUUAAUUGCUGAUUUUUGGGUUUUUGUGUCAUAAGUGGUUAAAAGAUACGACCAUGGGCACACAAGAUGAACAAUACUCCGAUAACAAGGUUAACGAUAGACAGGUUGACAAUAGAACUGAGAAAGAGAAAGCCAUUGAUGCAUGGCUUCCAAUCACUGGAUCAAGAAAUGCAAAAUGGUGGUAUUCAGCUUUCCACAAUGUCACAGCCAUGGUGGGAGCCGGUGUUCUCAGUCUCCCUUUUGCGAUGUCAGAACUCGGAUGGGGUCCCGGUGUUGCGGUUUUGGUAAUAUCAUGGGUUGUAACUUUAUACACGUUAUGGCAAAUGGUUGAGAUGCAUGAAAUAGUGCCCGGAAAACGAUUUGACAGAUAUCAUGAACUCGGGCAACAUGCUUUUGGGGAAAAACUUGGUCUUUAUAUUGUGGUUCCACAACAACUGAUUGUUGAAGUUGGUGUGGAUAUUGUUUAUAUGGUCACAGGAGGAAAAUCUUUAAAGAAAUUUCAUGAUCUUGUUUGCAAUGAUCACUGUAAAGACAUCAAGCUCACGUAUUUCAUCAUGAUCUUUGCCUCCGUGCAUUUCGUUCUUUCCCAUUUACCAAAUUUGAAUGCCAUCUCCGGUGUGUCGUUAGCAGCAGCUGUUAUGUCGCUCAGCUACUCUACUAUUGCGUGGACGGCUGCUUUAAAAAAGGGCGUGCAACCAGACGUAGAUUAUGGAUACAAGGCUAAAACCACGGUUGGAACAGUGUUCAACUUCUUUAGUGCAUUGGGUGAUGUUGCUUUUGCAUAUGCGGGGCACAACGUGGUGUUGGAAAUCCAAGCCACUAUUCCAUCGACCCCCGAGAAGCCUUCAAAGGGUCCCAUGUGGAAGGGAGUGAUUGUUGCCUACAUAGUUGUUGCCAUAUGCUACUUCCCGGUUGCCCUUAUUGGGUAUUGGGUGUAUGGAAAUUCAGUCGACGAUAAUAUUCUUCAAACUUUAAAUAAGCCUACGUGGCUAAUUGCCAUGGCUAAUUUGAUGGUUGUGAUCCAUGUCAUCGGUAGCUACCAGGUCUAUGCGAUGCCCGUAUUUGAUAUGAUUGAAACUGUGUUGGUCAAAAAGUUGAACUUCGCCCCUAGUUUCCUUCUUCGAUUUAUCACAAGGAACAUAUACGUUGCAUUAACAAUGUUCGUAGGUAUCUGCUUCCCUUUCUUCGGUGGACUCCUUGGUUUCUUUGGAGGAUUUGCUUUCGCCCCCACAACAUACUUCUUGCCUUGCAUCAUGUGGCUUUCCAUCUGUAAACCUAAAAGAUGGAGCUUAUCUUGGAUUACUAAUUGGAUAUGUAUCAUGCUUGGAGUUUCUUUGAUGAUCGUCUCACCUAUUGGAGGCUUAAGGCAAAUCAUUGUGCAAGCCAAAGAUUACGAGUUUUUCUCUUAAUUGCAAAGCAAGUUAUCGCAUAGAACUUAGCUUGUAAGUCAAGAAAGCUUGUGAUGAUGCUUGUAACAACUAUGAAGAUCAUUAUAAGCUAUUGAGGAAUUAUUACGGUUGAAAAGAGUGUUUAUAGGGAAGAAGAGGAGUACCAUUUCCAUGAUUCCAUCCCUUAUUAUAUUUUCGUUUGAUUUUUUUUUUUUGUUUGCAGUUAGUUUGUGUGCAUAUUUACAUACAUGUUUCCAAACUUGUAUCUAUAGAUGUGAAUUGUACUCCAAAAUCACAAUCAUAUUCGCUAUUUAUACACCAGAACUCAAGUCUUUUCUAGACUCACUUGUAAUAUGCUUCCAUGUAAUGAACAAAUACCAUUAUUACAACUCC